AUUCAACUGUCAAACUGCCAGCCGCUAACCUUUUUUCACUGACGUGGAUACUGUAUAGGUAGUAAAUAUCUCAAAACAACAACAUUUAUUAUAAAAUAUCCCGUCAAAAUGGACAUAGCGACAAUGUUCGAUGACGUAAAGCGAAUGAACAAGAGACAGUUCUUGUAUCAAGUACUAAGUUUUGGAAUGAUCGUGUCCUCGGCCCUUAUGAUAUGGAAGGGACUGAUGGUCGUAACGGGCAGUGAAAGCCCCAUUGUCGUCGUAUUGUCAGGCAGUAUGGAACCAGCAUUUCACAGAGGUGACUUACUCUUCCUGACCAACUACCCUGAAGAACCAGUUAGGGUUGGCGAAAUCGUUGUGUUUAAAGUUGAGGGGCGAGACAUUCCAAUUGUGCACAGAGUUUUGAAGUUACAUGAAAAAAACAAUGGUACAGUCAAAUUCCUCACCAAAGGUGAUAAUAAUAGUGUUGAUGAUAGAGGGUUGUAUGCCCCUGGACAAUUGUGGCUUACCAAACAAGAUGUGGUGGGUCGAGCAAGGGGAUUUUUACCAUAUGUAGGAAUGGUUACAAUAUUAAUGAAUGAAUACCCCAAAUUUAAGUAUGCAGUGCUAGCAUGUUUAGGAUUUUAUGUGCUCAUCCAUAGAGAAUAAAAAGGUGACAAAUAUGAAGAAGUAAAGUUUUCAAAAAGCACUGAGUUACUAAUUUGAUGUUUUAAGUUUAAACAAUCAAAUUAUGUGGGGACAAUUUUUUCAGGUUCAUUUAUUUUGUUGUACACAUUUUAUUUUGUUGUUUAUUUUUGAAAUGUCAAAUAUUUCAUAUUUUUAUUUAAAAUAUUUUCAAAUAAAAAAUUUAAAUAAA